AUGAGUGAGAAUGACAUUCCUACUAGUGAAUAUCGUUUUCAAGCGAUUGAUAAAAAAUUUGAAAGUAUCGAUGGUAAACAAAAUCGAGAUCAUUUAAUUAAAUGGGGUAUGCGUGGAAAAAUACGAGCAAAUAUGUAUAUUUUUGAUCAAACAUUUCCUGAAUAUAAUGCUAAAAAAUUUAUUUUGGAUUUUUUCAAAGAUCCUAAUGUUCUGAAUACAUUGAAAAUGUUUACUAAAGCAGGUGAAUGGCAAUUACUUGGUCAACCAGCUCAUGAUGUUCGUAUUGAACAAUUAAAUACAAAUAUUCUCUCAUUAGAAUUUUUUGAUCGUUUAUUUAAUAAUAAAAUUAUACGUGAACAAGGACAUAUUAAAAAAUGUAUUGAAGAAUAUAAAGAUGAAUUUAUUAUCUCGGAUGAACUUCGAAAAGUUUUAAUUAUGGAUGAAUUUGAUAGUUAUGAUAUAUUUUCAGAUAAUGAUCGAAAAGAAUUUAUAUUUCAUUUAUUUAAACAUUUUUGUUUGGGUGGACAAGUUUGUCAAUAUGAAGAUGAUGUUCAACCUUAUCUUGAUGUAACAAAAUCUGUUUAUAAAGAAAUAAUUAGUGUUCAAAAAGAUGCUGAAUCUCAAACAAUUCAAGUUGUUUCACCUGUUUUUAAAAUUGAAGCAUUGAAUGAAAAUGGUAAAAAAUUUUAUCCAUCACGUACAGCAUAUGAACAAGAUUUUGCUUAUAUAAUUAUUGAUCCAAUUAAACGACAUGUUAUUAUUUUAUCAAAUUUUUAUGAAGGACCUUCAUUUUUUGAGUGA